AUGGUGGCCGGCGCCCGCGGCGGCUGCGCGCAGGCGGGGGCUGCUCGGCGCGGCCUCCUGGCCCUGCUGCUCGCUGUCUCCGCGCCGCUCUGGCUGCAGGCGGAGGAGCUGGGUGAUGGCUGUGGGCACAUAGUGACCUACAAGGACAGUGGCACCAUGACAUCUAAGAACUAUCCAGGGACUUACCCCAAUCACACUAUUUGUGAAAAGACGAUCACAGUACCGAAGGGGAAGAGAUUGAUUCUGAGGUUGGGAGAUUUGGAUAUUGAAUCCCAGACCUGUGCUUCUGACUACCUUCUGUUCACUAGCUCUUCAGAUCAAUAUGGUCCGUAUUGUGGAAGCAUGACUGUGCCCAAAGAACUCUUGCUGAACACCAGUGAAGUAACUGUUCGCUUUGAGAGUGGAUCCCACAUUUCUGGGCGGGGUUUUUUGCUAACGUAUGCCAGCAGCGACCAUCCAGAUUUAAUAACGUGUUUGGAACGAGCUAACCAUUAUUUGAAGACAGAAUACAGCAAGUUCUGCCCAGCUGGUUGUAGAGACAUAGCAGGAGAUAUUUCUGGGAAUGUGGUGCAUGGAUAUAGAGAUACCUCUUUACUAUGCAAAGCCGCCAUCCAUGCAGGAGUAAUUGCAGAUGAAGUGGGCGGUCAGAUUGGCGUGCUUCUGCGCAGAGGCAUGAGUCGAUACGAAGGGAUCCUGGCCAAUGGUGUGCUCUCAAGGCAUGGUUCCCUGUCAGACAAGCGAUUUCUGUUUACCUCCAAUGGUUGCAGCAGAUCCUUGAGUUUGGAACCUGACCGGCAAAUCAGAGCUUCUUCUUCUUGGGAGUGGAUCAAUGAGACUGGAGAUCAGGUCCGUUGGUCUCCUGGCCAAGCCCGACUUCAGGACCAAGGCCCGUCAUGGGCUUCGGGGGACAGGAGCAAGAACCACAAACGAGAGUGGCUGAGGAUAGAUUUGGGAGAGAAAAAGAAAAUAACAGGAAUUAGGACCACUGGAUCCACACAGUCAAAUUUCAACUUUUAUGUAAAGAGUUUUGUAAUGAACUUCAGAAACAACAACUCCAAGUGGGAGACCUAUAAAGGAAUUGUGAAUAAUGAAGAAAAGGUGUUUCAGGGCAACUCUAAUUUUCGGGACCCUGUGCGGAACAAUUUCAUCCCUCCCAUCGUGGCCAGAUAUGUCCGCGUUAUCCCCCAGACGUGGCACCAGAGGAUAGCCUUGAAAGUGGAGCUCCUUGGCUGCCAGAUUGCACCAAGUAAGACUCAGGGUAAUGACUCAUUGGUGUGGAGCAAAACAAGUCUAAAUACUGUUGGUUCAGCUAACAGAGAAGAUGAGACAAUCUUAAAACCCGUCCCCUCUGAAGAAAUGCCCAAAGGGUUAAACGUCAUAACUAUUGUUACUCCACUGGUGCUCCUCGUCCUGCUGGUUGCUGGAGUGGGAAUCUUUGUAGUCCUUAGAAAGAGGAAGAAGAAAGGAAAUCCUUAUGGAUCAGCUAAGGCUCAGAAAACAGACUGUUGGAAGCAGAUCAAAUAUCCCUUUGCCAGGCAUCAGUCAGCUGAGUUUACCAUCAGCUACGAUAAUGAAAAGGAGAUGACACAAAAGUUGGAUCUCGUCACAAGUGAUAUGGCAGAUUACCAGCAGCCUCUCAUGAUUGGCACCGGAACGGUCACCAGGAAGGGCUCUACCUUCCGGCCGAUGGACACCGAGGCCGAUGAGGCGGGGCCGGACGCCGAGGCUAGUGGCCACUACGACUGCCCCCUCCCGGCCGGCCACCACGAGUACGCCCUGCCCUUGACCAGCCCCGAGCCCGAGUACGCCACGCCCAUCGUGGAGCGGCACCUGGCCCGGGCUCACACCUUCUCCGCGCGGAGCGGCUACCGCGUGCCGGGGCCCGGGCCGGCGCACAAGCACUCCCUCUCUUCCGGCGCCUUCUCCCCGGCCGCCGGCUACCAGCUGCCGCCGAGCCCCGCGCCCGCAGACCCGGGCUACGACAAGCCCAAGGGCGGCGGCGGCGGCGGCGGCUCAGCCGCGGGGCGCGCCGAUCCCGCCUAUCAAAAGCCGCAGGUCAACCCCGCGACCAACGCUGCCUACUUGGCCCCCAGAGACUGCCUCAGACCCCUCAACCAGACGGCCAUGACCGCUCUGCUGUGAACACACUGUGAAUGAAAGCUGCUGUGGUACUAAGCUCCGGGCUGUGCGCGCGAGAGAGAGACUGAAU